CAUAUUUCUUCGUCACUUGUUUGCCUUGUUUUGCAGUUUCGCCCUCACUUCCUUGUUGCACUGAAACGCUAAGGUUUAACUUGGAAGUUUAACUUUCAAAAAAAUCUUAAACUCAAACUGACGACUUACGUGUUUACAGAAAACGUUGAGGUUCAUGCAGAAAAAUAGUCAAAUUUGUACAGCAGAUGCAUAAAGACAUGUAAAGUCUUUUUUUAUGUACAUAUGUAAAUAAUCACAAUGGUGAGAUUCAUACAGCCUGUGAGGGGAGAUUUGUCUGUGCAUAUAGUUUCAAGCCAAGUAAAAACUAAAUUUGUUUAUUAUCCAUUUACUUCAUCACAACAACCUCAACAUGUUCCUGGCAAGUUCUAAUCAUACUAAUUCUUUCGGUCAAGCAGCCUAAUAACGAAACCCCAAGAUAAAGAUAACAAGGUUUGCUUUAAGUCAGUUCAGAAUUAUUUUAAUGCUCAGUCAUCUCUCUUCCAGUCAUUCCUGUACUCUGUUUGAGUAGUGUCUAGAGCCACACUGGGGCCACAGAGGCAGUCCCUUUAUGAUACUGCCUUGUCAAUCUUAGCCCCCGUUUCACAGUUGACACAAGGUCACGUGGUGUGGCCUGGUUUUUGUGAAAAAAUAAUGAAGAUGGUGAGAAGAGCACAUGACAGCUAACUGGUGAAUGUGCCGAAUUGAAGUGUCUAACUCAGGUUAAGAUGAGGAUGUGUCUGAAGUGGAGACUGUUUGAGUGAAAACAGAGACACUGACAGUGGAGAAAGAUCUUCACACAAGUGCAGAUUAGCUGGUCAUCACUAAUCAAGUAAUAACACAAAAAGUUCUCACACAAAGUUUUUUUUCUGUAAUAGAAGGGAUUUCACAAAGACUCAUUACUCUGUUUGUUGACUGCAGCAUUUUACUCUCAUCUGGACAAUUUUAGCCCCAGUGGACAGAUAAUCAUCUAAGCUAGCACAUACAGAAAGUAUUGUACACAAGCAAUGCAGUUAGGAGGAAUUCAAACAUAUGUGACUUGUCACUACAUCUGAAGGUAGAUAUAUCAGAUCAGUCACACAGUAAUGUGUUGAUAUUUGAAUUUCCACAUGCAUAAAAUAAGAUAACUAACAUCACUUUUGGUAUUGUUAAUUGUAUUGCUCACUCCUGUGUGUCAUAAGAUUGCAAAGCAACUCAUCAAAAAAUGCCAAUAUUUGGAAUUUGUAUCUCCUCAACAUUAAUGACCUUGUCAUUCAAGCCUGAGAAAAAGAGGCACAGACAGAUGUAAGAAAGAGAGAUUGUUUUUUUCAGCCAAAAAAUUGAUUUUGGGUGAAACGAGAGAGAUGGUUCCUGUGGAAAAAAGUGGAGGCUGAAGGAGCGUAUGUUUUUGUGCACAGAGCCAGGGGGUCGCAGCAAAAGACAGGAUAAGAGAAUAUAGGGCAUAGAGAUUGCAUGAACAUUGUCAAAAUGUACGGCUUUCAUAAUGAGUCAUCACUGACAUUUUAUGAAUAAUCCCCAGACACACUUCUGGUCCCCUGUUCAUUCUCACACUCAAAGGGUCCCAGGUUACACCUUGUCUCACCAUCACGUCCACGAUGCAGCUGCUCUGUUUGUUUGCUUUUACUUUACUGGUCAGUCUCUCUUUCCUCUCUGCUGUGCUUUCCAUAAGCUGCAAUGAAAGACAAUAUGACUGGCCAAUGGAACAACCCUACUUAUGCUGUGACAAAUGUCCACCAGGCAAACAUAUGGUUCGGCGUUCAUACACAACUUGUGAAAUUGAGUGUCAAUCUUGCACAAGGGACCUGUUCAAUGAAAAGUACAACGUACAAUUUACCUGCGAUUUUUGUGAAAACUGCGAUAAACCAAACAUGGAAUACAGCUCACACUGUAAUGCGACUCAUAACGCUGUGUGCAGAUGUAAAGCUGGUUACAGAUGCAAAGAACAAUCCUGCAAACAGUGUGAGCCGAUACCAGACCCCACCGAAAAAUGUAAAGCUGACUACAAAUGCAAAGACCAAUCCUGCAAACAGUGUGUGCCCACUGUGCCGAUACUUCCUUUCACCACCAAACCUACACUCCCUGCAUCCACUACAGCCCUGAAACCUGGAGCCUACCACACAGAUACAGUGUGGUUCCUGGUGAUAAUUGCCCUCCUGUGUGCAGGAAUUGCCCUUGUUGUUGUAACAAAAAUCAAGCCCUUUCUGCAUUGGAUCAAAGCCAAGCACAGUUACCUUUUGGCUAAAGAAGCUGUACUAGUACUACCAGUCUCCGAGGACGAAGAAGUAUCCAAGCCUGUCCAGGAAGUGCGAGGUAAAUGUGACGUAUGAGUUCAAGAGCCUGAACUUGGAUAAGCAAGAAUUUGAGGGAAACAUUUCUCUUUGCUUUGGACAUUAACGACAAAUGGGGGCCCAUGCUGACGAAUGGAACCGCA